GCCAAGCCUAUUACCGCUAGUAGUUCUAAGUAAAUUCUUAUUAGUUAAAUUAAAUUAGAACCAUACAAUUUAGUACAAUCUUUUCAAUAAAAUAUUUUUUUUAAUAAGUAUGGUGAUUUGGUGGGUCAAGAGGCUGGUAAAAUAUUUAUAGGUCCGAAAACCAGAGACGGAAUGGUUAAUAGUCCUAUCAGGUUAGAAUUGAUCUAUAUUACAAGAACAUGCUCUUUCUGCAAGUUUGCCGAAGGUGCAAAGCAUUCUUUAUUCCCCAAGUUCAUCAAAUAUACUUCGCCACAGCCCACAACAUAGCACAUUCAAAAAUAAAUGGAGAAAUUCUUAAAAAAAUGGGGUACAAAAAAGGUGAUUUUAAGAGAGUUCUACCCAAGAAGAGAACCAUUCGUGAGUUAAAUCUUGAAAAAGUUGUGAACAAGCUACAUGAGUUAGGAUUCACACAUGAAGAUAUUCGAAAGCAGCCCAAAAUUAUGUGGUUACAUCCCUUCUUGAUUGAUCACCGAUACAAUAUUCUUGAAGAGAGUGGUAUGACAAAGAAACUUAUAACCUUGGAAAAAAUAAGGAAGUUUCCACGGUUAAACUCUACUUCAGUUCAAACCCUGAAACAAUCCUGUCUAAUUAGUCAAGAGACUGACAUAGCUCAUAAUAUUUUGGGGUUUUCUGAUCUUCCUAGGGAACUGUACCCACCAAAGACAAAUGAUAGAGAAUUGUUUGGAUAUGUACAGACGAAAGCUCUUCAAAUUUAUUUGUCAUGGAAGCUGGGGCUUAGUGUUGAAGAAGUGAAAAAUAAAUACGUGUCUCAUGAAAACAUGUAUCAGAAGAGCAUCAGGUUGGUAAUGAGAAGCUACGACACACUGAUCCAUUGCUUCAAGUUACCUGUGCAUAAGGUCAGACAGAAUAUUUUUGUAUUGGCAUGUCAUCCUGAAAACUUUUUGGAAAUACAAAAGUGUUUACCAAAGUUGGGAGAUGCCUCAAUUGAGAGUAUUGCUUGUACCAAUCCAAAGAUUUUGAUGCGACCGGUGAAGAAAAUGAUGAAAAUAGUAAAAAUCAUGAGGAACUACAAUGUGCCAGACCAAGGGUUCAUCUACUACUCCAACAUACUGACCCUGUCACCUGACACAGUACAAGAGAGGGCAGCUGCACUCUACGCAGAUCCUGUUAUCAACCCGUUCUUCUGCAGCCCUCGGAUUGCCUUCUUGAUAGCCCGUUAUCAUAUCUCCAUGUCCCGCUACCAGUUGCUGACAUCCAUGAAGUGGAGGUGUUUGUCCCUAUCUUUGCUCACUAACGUAGAGGACCAAUUUCAAAAACGCAUCAAUUUGGGCCAAGAUGAUAGUAGUAAAGGUUCAGACAUGUUGUAUUAUCUCAAGAUGCAUUUGGGAUAUGAAAUAAAAGAGAUAAAGAAUCAAAUCAUGCUGCAUCCCUUCUUCUUCUUACUUCCACUCACACUAAUCGCUGACACUCUUCAGUAUCUGUUGGCCAAUGGUGGUGUUAGCAAAGCAGACAUCUUCAAAGCUUUACCAAUUGUGCUAUAUCCAAAAGAGAAGGUUGCAAGAUGGCUGAAGCAGGUACACUCCCAGCCAGAAGUUGAACACUUGCGAGAUGAGGAGGGUAAGGUUCCAUCCUCUGUGGUACUACAGCUAGUCUUGUACUACAUGGAACGUCCCCAUCACUUCAGCGGCCACGGAGUCUGGUCAGAACAAGAUUUUGGCAAUGUACCAAGUGUGCAAUAAAACUGUAU